AUGGCUGUGGAGAUGGAGCCCUCAGAUGUCAUUCGCCUAAUAAUGCAAUACCUGAAAGAGAACAACCUCUACAGAACCUUGACCACAUUACAGGAAGAAACAACAGUCUCGCUCAACACAGUGGAAAGCAUCGACAGCUUCAUCGCAGACAUCUUACGUGGCCACUGGGACUCGGUCUUGCUCGCAAUUGAAUCACUCAAAUUGCCAGAUAACAUACUUAUAGACCUUUAUGAACAGGUGGUAAUGGAGCUGAUUGAAAUGAGGGAGGUGGGCGCCGCGCGUUCACUCCUCAAACAAACUGAUCCGAUGAUCAUGCUGAAGCAGACCCAACCUGAGAGGUUUAGCCACCUGGAACAUCUGCUUACACUCUCCUACUUUGACCCGCGAGAGGCGUACCUAAAAGGCAGCAGCAAGGAGAAACGACGCAGGGCUAUUGCAGAGGAGCUGGCGAGGGAGGUCAGUGUGGUGCCGCCAUCACGCCUCAUGGGCCUUCUUGAAGAAUCGUUAAGACUGAACUCCCCAGAGAGUCUCUCACCCGAAAUGACCAUUGAGAGCCCAAGCAACAAGGAAAGACAUGCUGAGAAAGAGACUUAUCCAACCCAACUGUACCGACAUAUUAAGUUUGGACGGCGGUCACAUGUGGAAUGUGCCCGUUUCUCACCCGAUGGCAAGUACUUAAUCUCAGGCUCGGUGGACGGCUUCAUUGAAGUGUGGAACUUCCACACAGGCAACAUAAGCAAGGAUUUAAAAUAUCAGGCCCAAGACAGCUUCAUGAUGAUGGAUGAUGCAGUGUUGUGCAUGUGCUUCAGCCAAGAUUCAGAUCUACUAGCCACUGGAGCUCAGAAUGGAAAAAUAAAGGUUUGGAAGAUCCAGAGUGGUCUAUGCUUACGCAGGUUUGAGCACGCGCACAGCAAAGGUGUGACUUGUCUGAGUUUCUCCAAGGACAGCAACCAAAUUCUCAGUGCAUCCUUUGACCACACCAUCAGGAUCCAUGAGCUGCGUUCAGGCCAAACACUAAAGGAAUUAAAUGGACAUCUAUCAUUUGUGAAUGAUGCCUCAUUUACUGAAGAUGGAUUUCACAUCAUCAGCGCGUCAUCAGAUGGGACUGUUAAGAUUUGGAACAGCAAAACUUGUGAAUGCAUACACACGUUCAAAUCUCUGUCCUGGGCUUCGGAUGUACCUGUGAACAACGUGGUCACUCUUCCUCAAAAUCCACAGCUCUUUGUAGUUUGUGACCACUCCAGCACGGUCAUCGUCAUGAACACGCAGGGUCAGACUGUCAAGACAUUCAGUGCAGAUAGAAAGUCGGGAGCAAAGUUUGUGUGCAGCACAGUGUCCCCGCGAGGCGAGUGGAUUUACUGUGUGGGAGAGGACUCUGUGCUCUACUGCUUCAACUACAUGACAGCAAGACUUGAGAAAACCCUAACGGUCCACGAGAAAGACGUAAUUGGCAUCACUCACCACCCACAUGAGAAUCUGAUCGCUACUUACAGUGAAGACGGCCUCCUGAGGCUGUGGAAGCCUUAG